CCCCCAGCUUCUCAGCAGUGGUACGCUCCGUGUUGGAUUCGUCCAGCUCAUUGACCGGCAGACAAUCCUCAUCAGUACCAGCAGAGCGCACGGACCCUCCAACAAACCGGCCCUUCGUUCCCCCCACAGCGCGAGCGCCCUGCAGCCUGCAGCCUGUCCGUCCUCCCCGACAUGAAACAGACUCUGAGCGAACUAAUGAGGAUGAGCAGGAUAUGCCGGAUGGUUUUUGCCACCUGUUUGGGAUCCUUUAUUCUGGUCAUCUUUUAUUUCCAAAGUAUGUUCCAACCAGUCAUGCGGAGGAACCCCUUCAUGGUGGACGGCUGCUGCAGGAAAGGAUCCCGCAACGCCCUGCAGGAGCUCUACAACCCCACACAGCCGGAGUUGUCUGGAGCAGCCGUCCUCCACCAGGCGAGGAGGGACCAGGUCGUGGACGCCUGUCGGGUCUACAGCGCAUCCAACCGUAAGCGCAGAGUCCUGACGCCCGGAGACCUCAAGCACCUCGUGGUGGAUGAGGACCAUGAGCUCAUCUACUGCUACGUCCCCAAGGUGGCGUGCACCAACUGGAAACGUGUCAUGAUGGUGUUGACGGGCCGGGGGAAAUACAGCGACCCGAUGGAAAUCCCUUCAAACGAAGCCCACGUUCCCGCCAACCUGAAGACGCUGAACCAGUACAGCAUCGCAGAGAUCAACCAUCGCCUCAAGAACUACCUCAAGUUCCUCUUUGUCCGCGAGCCCUUCGAGAGGCUGGUCUCCGCGUACCGGAACAAGUUCACCCUCAAGUACAACUCGUCCUUCCACAAGCGCUUCGGCACCCGGAUCAUCCGCCGCUACCGCAAGAACGCCACGCAGGACGCCCUGAUGAACGGAGCCGACGUCAAAUUCAAGGAAUUCGCCGAGUACCUGGUGGACCCGGCCACGCAGCGAGACGGCCCACUCAACGAGCACUGGCAGACCGUCUACCAGCUUUGUCACCCGUGUCACAUCCACUACGACCUCGUGGGGAAGUACGAGACGCUGGAAGAGGACGCGAACUACGUGCUGCGGCUGGUGGGCGUCGGCGACUCCUUGCGCUUCCCCAGCUACGCCAAAUCCACCCGCACCACAGACGCCAUGACGGCCCAGUUCUUCAGUAACAUCAGCACUCAGCAGCAGAUCCAGCUCUCCCAGCUUUACAAGUUGGACUUCCUCAUGUUCAACUACUCCACGCCCAGCUACCUGCGGCUGGACUAACGGAGGACAGAGCUGGGACUCUGAGAAUGGCGGCCUCGUUUAAGGAGAGGCAAGAAAACGAGUGAAGGGCGGAUUAUUUUGGAAGCAAACUUGAUUUUAAAAAAAACUGUCGUCUUACCUUGCAGGCGUGGGGUCUGAAUUGGACUUGUAAACAGGUGCUAAAAGAGAGAAAGGUAAUGUGUGAUUGUCCGGGCCUGAAGAGGAGAAUGUGGGGUGAUGCAGCGGCUCUGUUUGGAUCUGAACGUGGGCUAAACGAACCAAACGCAUGCAAAGACUUGAAAUGUGCGGGUGAAGCAGGUCUUCAAGGUGUUUUUAAAACGUAUCCUCAGAGGACAGACUUGAAGAGGGAUUCUCCGAACGAUGUUCCCAACAUGUUUAAACAAACUGCUGACAAAUUAGGCUGCUUCCGAUUCUACAAAGCAAAACAGCGGCCUCGCACGCGCCCUGACCCCAAUGCAUUGUGGGAGCUAAGCUUAACUCCCCCACCCCCCUUGAUCAAUAGAGAAACUCCGUCAAAUUGUAAAACCCGAGUCAUGCCCUCUGCUGCGCUGUUGGCGCCGCGUGUUAACGCCCAUCACCCUUGCCCUCAUUAGAUUCAUGUAUUUCAGAGGGAAGCUGGCUCAUCACCGCCUCAAGGACGCCCGGUAAUGGAUGGCUACUGACUUCACUCUCAAGACCUCCACAAACGGAGGCGUGGCAACAUGGCACACAGCCGACAGCUUUCAGGCUGUCGCUGGUCUCUUAUCUUGAGAAGGGACCACUUGUGUUACAACCUGAGGACUCUGUGACUUCUGUAGCAGCAGCAGCAGCAGCAGGAAAGUGGGAAGCGUGUCACACAUCUUUGCCUGUAACACCGAGCGUCCUUAACACUUCAGAAAGUACAGGAUGAGACGGGCACGCCAGCUGCAAGUGACAAGUCUGCACAGAAAGUGUGAGUUGAGAGAACAGAGACAAAGAGCCUGUGUGGUUGUGGAAGGGUUAAAGGCACUGGAUCUCAUAACCCCGCCCUGCUGUGACCCACAAAGCCCCACCCGGGGGGGGGGGGGCGCUCGGUGGACACUUUAAAGACCACACCCACGAACAAAGACCCUUCUCUGACGACCAAACAUGUCUUUCAGUAAAUUAAAAAUAUCCUUUUGUCUUUAUGCUUAUUUUUAUUGUCUUAUGGAGCAUUGCUGCGAGCAGCAAUAACAAAAUAUUAUUUAAUUUGCAUCAUUGAUUAAAGAGAGAAAGAUUUAAGUUUUGUUUCUGGGCUGAUGAACAAGUUUAGGACAUUUGUUUUUUAAACUGUUGGUAAGAGUUGUUUUGUCAUUUCUUCUACACAACUUGCCUCCGGUACAUUACAGCGUUUUCAUUCUAAAGGGUGUGUGUAUGGUACAUUUCAGCACAUGACUUUGUCCCUCUGUGUUUGUGAUUCACGAUGUUCAUUUCCAACAUUUGGUGCCGAAACGUCUGUGAGAGCGUCAGAGAUCCACGCACUCUGCGUCCACAUCGUUCCCCCCAUGCAGAGCCUGAGAACGAGCUGCUGCUGCUGCUGCUCAGUGAACACACCGGCAAUCUGCUGCCCACAUCACAGAUCAGAUACUGUAUCUCACACUGUAAUGUGAUUAAUGCUAGCGAUGCUAAGCAAUGUCAAGGUUAAUAACUGCACUCUCCAUCACGCUGUCAAUUGGAUUACAGGCGGCUGUAUAAGCAUUACAGAGGAGGGGGAGAGACGGAGGCAGACUUUUAGUUUUUUACAGCUCUUUUAAAUUCCGAAAGUGGAGGAGUCAUUUUAGGGAAAAGCUGCAUCUCUUUGUUGCACUUCACUGAACAAAGACUACUAGACCUCUGUUUAACAAAAUCAUCGUUUUAAAGGUUGUCAUUUAUGUAGUUUUGCACAUUUUGAGUCACCAGGUUCAGAAGUUAAUGAUGCUGUGAAACAGUUUGACACGGCUCGUAAAGUAGGUUUGUGUAUUUGGUUUAUUGCACCUUCAUGUGGGGAGUUAUAUCAAACAUAAUAGCAGUUGACAUAGUGAGAGGCCCAGCUGUCGUUUCUUACAUGUUAAAGAUUUUGGCAAUUUUGCAGACAAGAAACAUCAAUUAUAUAAAAAAAAUUCCGACACAGUACGUUUUGCUGAAGCACAAAGUAUUAUUCAAGUCAAGUGUAUCCACGUCUCGGCCGAUGUCAGGUGUUUGGACUCAGUUUCACACGACCCUCUAAAGGGGAUAAACCUGGCUUAAUAACUGAUAAGGGUUUGAAGGAAAGUCCAGGACCUGUAUUCACAAACAUCCUCUCAGAGACCUCCUGACUAGCUUAGGAGUGAUUUUAGGAACAUUCUCAGAGCGACUCUGAGCGAGGAUGGGACAGAAACUUUGAUCGUAGUGCGGAGUCAUGGUCGACUCCGUUGCUAGGUAAGGUACAUUUUUUUCAGAAGCUGUAACACAAAAAAUGGCGAGAAAGAAAGUGCUCUCUUAGUGAUAAUGGGCACAGAAGGACAGUGAAACUGAUUAGGCCCAAUCAUACAACCUAGACUCAAGACAGAGUGUAGUUAUGAACACGACUGUGAUAAAUUGAGAGACGUACUUUAAAAGUAUAGAGCCUACAAGAAGCUCACUUGUGCAGCAGACUCUUCACAUGCGGAUGUAACGAUCCGCAUGUCAAGAGCCUGCUUCUAAGAGGUUUAAUUAGUGAUUGGCUGCACCUGUGGAGGUAACCACAUGUAGAGAAACUCAACAUGCAUGUCUCACUUUGUACUGAAAAAAAGUCAGAGAUGGAUUUGAAGGUCAGCAUAAAUAAUUUGCAGGAGGUCUUGCAGCAUGGACAGACAUGCAACAAGAGUUUUGACUUAACGGUGGACCGUGGUUUCUUUCCAAGUUAAGUGAACUUUACUGCAGUUUAGAGUUCAUACAGCAGUUCCAGAUGUACUGCAUUAUGGAGUCGUGUCCAGUCAGGACCAGAUGUCUUCACAAAAAGAAGCUGGAGGGUGAAAUGUCAGCAUAUCUGAAAGGCGUGAUGACCAAAUCGGAGCUUAUAAAUAGACAUACAUGUCCUCCAGGAGACAUUCUGGUGGAUGUUUUAGCUGCAGACCACUUCUUGUAGCUUUUGAAGUAUUAUUACUGAACAUGUGUGUGCACAUGUCUGAGUGUGUGUGUGUGUGGGGGGGGGGUUGUAAUAAGAGAACAGCCUUAUUUUCUCAGCCCCACACACACAUCUGGCUCUAAUAUAGGAGCAAAGCUACUGGUCUGGCCCGUGGCCCCGACUAUCCUCCUCCUGCAGAAAACAAUGGCUGUAUUCUCAGCACGGCCUCCUCCUGGGAGAGUCGCACAAAAAAGAAAAAAGAAACACACACAAACUCAGCACGCGCAUUAGCACUCCUGCUGAUGUUGUUGCCACGCAGCGUCUUACUCAGCAGCUGUGAGCAGAGGUUUUGGUCGAGCUGAGCCUCUCCGCUCAAACACUCUGACUGAGCCUCAUCUUAAACUGCUCAUUUAAAACCCAGAAUGGAAGAAGAACGACACACAAAGGACCUCUUAGCCUGCAAGCAAGCCAUCACAGAGGCCUCUCUUCUCCUCACUCUAUUUUCACCUCUCCCACCUCGUUCCCAAAGUGGCCUCCCUUUUAUAAAUAAAAAAAACAGCAGCCAGUCGGUGUUCAUGAUCCCUGCCAUCCCUUCAGGAAAAGACAGCCUGCUUAAGCAAACAGAGCGGCUAAAAUGUCCCCACAGCCAUCCAUCCAGCAGCGACAGCACCUGGCUGACUUUCUGCCUCAGAUAAAAACAAACAGCAUUUUUAGGCGCUUUUGUCCCCCGCUCUUAAUUCCUGGAUCUACAAAUAACCCGGCCUGCUUGCUGCCCGGUUGUCUCAUACUCGUGCAGUGUUUGCAGAAGUAGAGCCAACAACAUUUAUGCUGUUUUAACGACGUCUAUUAUUAGACUGAUUUACAUAUUCGCUGUUUUGCUGAGAUGAAGACAGGCAGGUUUUGAAAUUGAUAUUGUCUGAUGUGGAGAAGGAUAUAGGACACUAGGAUUUCUUACAUUUUCACAUUUAUGUUAUUAUUGAAUUUGGAUGCGGCUGUGCCUCCUAAUGGUCCAUCCAGAGUAUUCAUGAUAAGCAGUAGAGUGAAUGGAUUUUAAAGCGGUGGGCCUACGGGUUGUCACAAAUGUCGGACAUGUAUUAUUAAAAAAAAUGUCUGACGUUUGUGACUAAACAAACUGCUUGAAAAUCAGUUCUCAUUUCUGCAAGUUAUGAAUAUAAGACAGUGAUUGGAUUAGCAGGUUUGGCUAACCCUUUCCAAGAUGGACUAUUAGACAUCUCACAAGCCUGGAAGCUGCACCAACGUGUAGCCUACUCAUCCAUUUGGAGCAGCAUGUAGCUACAUUAUUAGCUUGGCUUUGCACAAACCCUGCGUGAACAGCACAGCAGUGCUUUAAGCUUACAUGCAAUGGCACUCUGAGUAUGCUAGCAUGCUCCAAACGACAAUGCUAACAUGCGUUUAGCAGUUUAGUAGUUUACUUACGUUUGUUCAGCGUCUUAGUUUUAUUUUUUUUUACAUUAGCACUAAAGAUAAAUUAGCUGCAGCUGAGACUGCUGGGAAUAUUUAUCAAACCAAGGAUUGGCCACUGACAUUUUGACCACGAGAAGCCUACCUCUCCUCUAAUUAGCAUGCUAACGUGCUCAUAAUUACAAUGCUAACCUGAUGAUUACUAGCUGGUUUAACUGUUUUACUUGAGCAAUGUAGCGAGCUAAUAUUUGUAUCAGUCAUAAACAAAAACUACAGCCGAGAAUGUGCAGGUUUUUAGCAAACGUGAGGAUAAGGCAAUUUUAAAUGUUGGUCUAGCAAAUCUUAAGGUGACAAAUUAGCUUGUUAUUUCUGUCACGUUAGGCUAACUGACUGGUAGCGAAAUCUUCCUUUUGCAAACAGUGGGUGUGGUCUCAGUAAUGUGGGUGUGUUCACAAAAAUGACAAACUAUUCCUUUAAGGGCAGAUGAAAGGAGGUUUCCAAAAAUGUUGUGUUUUGGUUUCUUUCUCCUUUUUUGGCACCAAAAACACGACAAAUUCUGAUCAUAUCAGAAAUCUUCAGCACAGAGGGACAAAGCUUAGAUCAUUAAACUCUCUCCCCUCUUUGCCUGCAAUACUGACAUAUAUAUACAGUUCCAAUGUACAGGACACGAUGUUCUUCCUUCUGCUUUUGUUUCUGAACUGUGUGGAUGUUGGAUUGAUUAAUUGCCUGGUCGCUAGACACACACACACACACACACACACACACACACACACACACGUCCCCUAUGUUUCUCUAUGCCUUCCAUUUUCACCAACACAGAGCCGCUGAAAUCAUUGAACGCAUUUUUUCUGUACUCACCUGGGCCUUCCUCCAUGCUGACACACACACAUGUACAUGCACAUGCACACACGCACACACACACACACACACACGUACACACACUCUCACACACACACAAACAGUCAGCAUUCAUUCAUUUUCUCGGUGUCAGCCCACAACGCUGGUGUCUGCCAGCAGGACAAAUUGUUCUGUGCUACUUCACACUCUGCUGUUGUAGGUCAUCAACAUAAUUAUAAAACAAUUGGAACCAAGUGUGAAAGCAAGAUAGUUCUACACUGAUGACUCAUAUCAGACACUGUUAUCAAAUGGUCUACCUUAUAGUCGUCGUAAUGAUUAGAGGACUCGGAGGUACGACAAACAGAAGCACCAGAAUGAGUUACAUUUUAAGGAAGACAAACUGCAACACAUCCACGUUCUUAACUCGGAAGAAAAAUCCAUUUCGCACAUCUUUAAAUUCACUUCUUCACCACAUGACAGAAGCCUCUCUUGAGUUUUACCCUCACUGAGAUUUCACACAGUUAAGCUCCUGCAGAGGCCCAUGUGACUGCAGAGAAAAGCUCCCCAGGCUCUCAGGUGAUGUUCACACCAUCAUGCAGGGAUGAAGUCUUGAGAGUGCUCUCGAAUGUGGAUAAAAAAAAAGGCUCAUAUGUGAGGUAAAAAAAAAGAGACUCUCAGAAAUGCUCUAGUGUUUCAUAUUAUCUUUAUUUUUAAUCUUGCCAUGCAGCAUUCUACCUUUUUUUAAGUUGUAUUUGUUGACAAUCAAACAUCUCUGCUAGAACUCUUUUAAAGGAUACAAUGUUUUGAAUUUGGACUGUAGUAAAAAUGUUAAAACUAGGCGUCAGAGUUACAUAUUACUCCUUUAAAGAGAUGCUUUACAGUUAUGUCCCUAAGGUGGCCCAUUGUUUCAAUCAGUUCUGUUUAGUACCUGCUAGGAUGAGUAACUUAAACGCUCCCUUAACAUGAUUUCUACCAAGAAGGUCUCAGCCAUUGAAAUGUUAGAAAAGUAUGCAAAGAUAGGAGCCAGAUUUAUUAAUUAUCUUUGACUUUUUCCAACAGUAUUUGUCACAUAUGUCCACGUUAGUGCGCUGUGCUCUCAGCGGCCUCUGUGUUGCUCUGACAUCUUGUGCGUCUUCCCUCAGAGAGCCGAGUUCCCACACUCUGAUCUCCUCAGCAGCUCCAUGAUCCGACAGAUGGUGUGGGUGUAACCUGUACAGUAAUGAGUGUGUGUGUGUGUGUGUUGUGUUUGUGUGUGUGUGUGCCUUUUUGAAGAAUGAGUUCUUAAUCAGAUGUGUCUGUUUCUGAAUUUAUACCGUGUCAUCAGCAGUGUGUGUGUCAGAGUGCCUCGUGUGCUGAAACUACAAGUGGUGCAGCCGGAUGAGGGCUGCAAGAGUGUGUGUACGUUGUGUGUACGUGUGUGUGUAUGUGUGUGUGUAUGUGCUCUACACACUCUGCCUUAGAGGGGACGUCUCCACGUAAGACCCUCAUUCAAACAGGCACCUCUUAUUUAUUUAUUUAUUCUCUGACAUCUACCCAUCAACAUCAUCCUUUUUCCGUUAUCGCCAUGGCAACACACCUAAACUCUCUCUGUAUCUCUCUUUUUCCUCCCGGGACGGCCUCUCUCUCUCUCUCUCGCCGAGCUGUUUUUACUCCGUUGGUUUUUUUUCUGCCGCUCUCACGGCGACUCAUGAAUAAUUGACUGCGUGCUUGUUGCACCGAGUGUGUGAGAGCGAUGAUGUCGAUCCUGCAGCAGCACCACCUGCGCUACACCCUGUCUGAUGUUUUCACAAUAAAAUGACACUGAAACUUC